CAGGCUGCCCCGUCUGCUCCGGCGAGUCACGGCGGCCGGGCGGGGCUGCGCGCGAGGGCAGGCCCGCUCUACCAAUGGGAGCGCUGAGUGGCAGGCGGGGCUCCCAAUAGGAGAGGGGGGCUGUUAAAGCGCCGGCGGGAGCGCUGGGCGCAGGAGCUUUGCAAGCCUGCCAAAUAGAAAUACUACCAAAUGAAGAGUAAAUUCACUGCCUGAAGAACUAAGUGCCACCUUCUGAUAAUUCUUAUUUGUUUAGAUAACCUACUGUUUGCAAAUCACCUCUUUAGUCUGCUUCAACAACAAUUAUUAGAUAUAAAGCUGGAAAAAAUGAAACAAUUAAAAAGAAAAAGAAAAAGCAAUUUUAGCGUUCAGGAAACUCAAACUCUCCUCAAAGAAAUCAGAAAAAGGAAAGAGGUACUUUUUUCUAAGCAGCUUAAUACAACAAUUAAUGAGAUGAAACGGAAGGCUUGGGAGGAAAUAGCUGAGUGUGUGAAUUCUGUGGGUGAAGGAGAACAGAGAACAGGGACAGAAGUGAAAAGGCGAUACCUCGACUGGAGAGCACUCAUGAAGAGAAAGCGUCUGAAUGCAAACAUCAAAGUAGUAGGUGCUGGGUUUCACCUUCCUUCAUCUGAUUUAGACGAGUCUUUCAAUGAAGAUAUGGAUGAGAAAAUAGGGUUUAUAAAUGAAUAUAAUUUUGAAUGGCAAAACAUCACAGACUUCAGAGAAGCAGGUGGAUCUUUAACAGAAAUCAAGGUAGAAGAGGAAGAGGAGGAUCCGCAAAGUUUUGAAUUUCCUAUUGAGGAAGAAGAAGAAAUUCUGUCAUCAGUUUUGCCAGAUUCCAAGAAGGAAAAUGACCUACCUGAUUUCACCCAUAUUGAAGAAUUUGGAAAUCUAAGCUCUGCUCAAGCCAGGCUUGCCUGUGAGGAUUCUCAUUUACUCAUAAGUCUGGAGAAGCAGAAACUAGAGCUGGAGAAACAGAGACUGGACAUUGAAGCUGAAAGACUACAGGUAGAGAAAGAACGCCUGCAGAUUGAAAAGGAGCGGCUGCGGCAUGUGGACUUGGAGCAUGAGAGACUUCAGUUGGAGAAGGAGCGAUUGCAAAUCGAGAGGGAGAAACUAAGGUUAGAGGCCCUACACACUGACAAACCUGCUUUCGAGAAUGACCUUGCCCAGGGGGAAAAACCCAUCUUGCAGCCUCUGGAUCUAGAAACUGAAAAAUUAAAGCUUGAAAAAGAACGUUUGCAAUUAGAGAAAGAGAGGCUGCAGUUUUUAAAGUUUGAAUCUGAGAAGUUGCAGAUUGAGAAGGAACGUUUGCAAGUGGAGAAAGAACGCCUUAGAAUUCAGCGAGAAGGACACUUGCAGUGAACUUCUUGGCUAAGGUGUCAAACCAGUAGCUUGAAGUUUGUAAAAUAUAGGUAGCUUUUUCUUAACACUGAAAUUGUCCUAGGGGUUUAAUGUCUUCUGUCCAGAGUUGAAUGUUGAUGUUAAACUCUUAAAAAAAAAAAAAUGGAAUGGUGCUUGGUAAGUCAGUGUGCCAACAUAAAUGGACCUUGUGUAUGAAAUGACCUUCAGUGUAGCAGAAGUAUGUGUUAUGUUCCCUCACCUCCAGUAGUGUGUUGUUAGUUUGGUGUCCUGCUCUCACAAGCACAUUAAGGAUCAAGACUGCCUUUCCACUGGUAUAACAGUAUUACCUGAAAAUUAUAGGCAUCAUCAAAAUGAACCUGUCUGUAUUGUGAGGGAAUAGUGCUGAAAUUAGCCCAAAUCUAGGUAACUAUUAUUUCCAUAGAGAAAACUGCAAGGUGAUAAUUAAAUUUAAUUUUCCUUACCUUUCUUCCCUUAACAAACUUUCCUCUCACUAAAUUCAGGGUAUAGAUCAGGAAUUUUCUGAGAAUUAGUAAAGUGCAAGCUAAUUUCACUCAGUAUUAUUUUUCUCAUGACAGAGGAGACGGUAGUUUCCUGGCUUGAAGAAUGUGUGCGUGUCACACAUUGAUUGUGUGUCAAUAAAAAUUGGACUGAUGGGUGGGCCAGAGAAUUAGGAGUAUCCAGAGCAUUAUACUUCUAGACUUCAUGUCUGAAUCUUGACCUCUGUAAUAGAUAUUAGAAUCAAAGAAUCCAGGGACUGGAAGGGACCUGCCAGAUCAUCAAGUCUGGUCCCCUGCCAUGGGCAGGAAGUACUUGGGCUCAGGCAGGCUCAGCAAGGUGCUUGUCCAGCCUCAUCUUGAACACCUUCAAGGAUGGCGAUUGUACCACCUCUCCUGGGAGUGCAUUCCAGAUUCUGGUGACCCUUACAGAGAAAAAGAUUUUUCUUAUGUCCAGCCUGAAUUUACUCUUGGUUAGCUUAUACUUUGUUGUACUGUGUCCAUUCUUUGACCUGCAGGUAAGCAGAUUGCAAAAGAGUAGAACACAAUUGGCUCACUCAUUGGCAGUCUCAGAAGCAGGGUCAGUGACUGAACACACAGUGAGCGCAUCUACACAUGCAUUAAUGCGCCUUUUUUGAUGCACGUUAAAGUUAGUACCUCUGGUGUGAGGUACUAAAUUAAUGCGCAUUAGGCUGCUCUAAAGGGCAGUAGCGCAUUUGCACACUUUCUUAGUGACGAUGCACAGUAGACUGUUUUACUGUGCAUUAGCAUAAUGGCAUGAAAUUUUACUUGAUGCUUUAAUGUGCAGUAAAAUAGUCUGCUGCUUGUUAAAGUGCAUGGGUAGACAUGCCCAGUAAUAAACUAACCUCUCAUUCCAGGAUUGAGACACAUUGGUAAUGUAGUACAAAGAUGCUUGCAUUGCUACUUUCUAUGUAGCAUAUGUUCCGUAGGCAAACAAAAAUAGUCAGUAUCCAAGGCUGUCAGUAUUUUUCAUCUGUAAUGUAUUCACUUCAAUUCAAAAGAGCAAAGGAAACUUUAUAUAGAUAACUAAAUAUGAAUGUUCUCCUAUGUCUCAACUGAACCAGACUUCAGGAAGAUGAGAGAUCUACAAAUAACUUAACUUUGACUGUUUGAAACCUAACACCCUAUCAGAGUGUAAAAUUGGAAUAUAUGUUGGGUGAUUUGCAUAGGAUGUGUGUACACGUAAAUAUAUGUAUACCACUACAGGAUUACUUUUAUUGUGCAAAUAAAGUGUUAUUUUUUUAUUAUUGAAAUAAGUGUGCUCCUAUGGUAGAAAUAAAUUUGAUUACUACAAGCCAAAA